UCGCGUUAUUCCGCAUGUGGUUAGAAAUCUUCAGGAAUUCCGACGACAGGGUCAAAAACAACAAAACUGCAGUGCCUCCUGAGUGGUUUUCUCCUUUCGACCACACCAUUCCAUCAUGGGCAGACCCGAAUAACGCAUUAGAGCAAGCACAUAAGACUUAUAUUUUAAGAAGUCUUGACCCCAUUUGAGAGAUGCCUUUGAGACAACUGAAGAGGUCGGAGGAACAGGGCUGCCCAGUCAAGUUGAUUGUGUGUAUCGGAGGGUUUGCUUGUUCGCCCUCGUCGAGAAACUUCUUGUCACGCAGACGGGCCGAACACGAGCAGCAGAGCGGCAAUACCCUGUAUUUCACGAUUGCUAAGAACACGGAAGAGCAGCUCUGUAGACUGAGGAAUUAUGCCCAGUCCUUCAUUCGUAUCAUUCGGCACUGUGCUACGAGCGGUAGACACGCAUGGCGGCCCUCUGAGGGCUUCUCGCGCUGUAAUGACGGUGUUCUCACACAUGAGCUCGAAGGAGACUGGGACGAGUAUGCGAAGGCAAACAAGAAAUUAAUGAAGACUAGUAAGUCCACUGGUGAGCGUUGGGUAUAGAAAGUGAUGGAAUGGAUUACCCAGAAG